CCCCGCCCCGCGCGCAAGCGCACAGCCGCCUUUCGGGUCCGCCCUUUUUCGAGAUUUGAAUUUCCCCCAGCAAAGCCGAGAGGCCAAAUACCCGGAUGGUGCUCGCUGGCCUUUUCGCGCCAAUACUCCCCUAGGCCCACUCCGAGCACAGCCGCCCCAGCACCUGACAGUCCACGGAAAGAGGCAGAACCCGGGCCUCCGCCGGUGCCAACCAAUCAGCAGAACCCCCGCCUUCCCCGGCCCGCCCCCGCCCCUGCGGAGCAAGGUCACAGCAUCUGCGGCGGAAAUCACGGGACGGCUUCCUGCUGGCUCAGCCGGGAGGCCGAGGCGCGGCCGUUGGGCCAAAAACUGUUUAUCUGAAUCCUGAAACACCCGCGGCGACAGCUGCUCCUUGCGCUCUCCGGCCUGGGUCACACCUCGGGGAUGAAGGCCGCGUCGGGGCGGGCCCUGCUCCACGUGGCCCUGGCCAGCUGCCUGUGCGUGGCCGCCGUCCGCAGCGGUGUUUUCGACAGUGUCUUCGUCCAAGUGGGCCGCGAGCACUACGCCGAAGCCCCGCUCGCCGGCCUCCCCGCUUUCCUGGCCAUGCCCUUCAACUCACUCGUUAACUUGGCCUACGUGCUCCUGGGCGCCUACUGGCUCCAGAGCGAGGCCAGCGCCCCCGGGGGCCCCGCCGAGGUGCAGAGGGCACGCUACCUCAAGGAUGUCUUCGCCGGCAUGGCCCUGGUCUACGGCCCGGUCCAGUGGCUGCGGAUCGCGACGCAGACGCGGGCCGCCGCCGUGCUGGACCAGUGGCUCACCUUGCCCAUCUUCGCGUGGCCCGUGGCCUGGUGCCUCUGCCUGGACUGGGGCUGGAAGCCCUGGUUGCUCCUGGCUGUCGAGGGCCUGUCCCUGAGCAGCUACGGCCUGGCCCUGCUGCACCCCUGUGGCUUUGAGUUGGCGCUGGGCGUGCACAUGGACUGCGUGGGCCAGGCCCUGCGCACCCAGGGGCGCCGCGGCGGCACGUCCUCGGCAAAGUACUUGGCCCUGGGCGUGCUCUCCUGCGUGGGCUUUGUGGUCCUCAAGCUGUGUGACCAUCAGCUUGCGCGGUGGCCUCUCUUCCAGCGGCUCACGGGCCACUUCUGGUCCAAAGUCUGCGACGUGCUCCAGUUCCACUUUGCGUUCUUGUUCCUGACGCAUUUAAACACUUGCCAAAGACGCCCUCCCGGGGGGAUGAAGUAAAGCGAAGAAGGAAGGUGCUCCCAGUGUCAGGUGACGGCUGACAGCGCACACAGCGAUGCCGUGGGAGCCUGUCCCUUCCUGUGAAGUUGCGGGUUCGCGUGUUACAAAGAGUCAAUUUCAUGAAGGGUUAGGGUCUCUGCGACUUACUUUCAAGGUGCAGGGCUGUGGGGAGCCUUUGCCCUAUUCUUGUGUCUUUACUGCAGCUUGAAAUUUCUCAAAGUAAAAUGUUGGUUGUCAGA